UUUUAAGUGGAGCUGCAGCGGCGUGCACGUCCCGUCCCCUGGGCGCGUGUUAGUGUGAUUGUGUGAUUGUGUGUUUGUGUGUUCAGGAUCACAGCUGCUGCUGAUGAUGAUUCUGAGGAAGAGGAGGAAGAGUCGUUAACGUGAGGAGGAAGCUGCGCGCUGCCGGGACAGCGGAGGAAGAGGACGGGCGGGAUUCAAACAGGUGUCCGCUUGUUUCCCAUCAGCCCCGGGCCGGAGCAGGAGGAGCAGGAGGAGCAGAGAGGAGGUGACACCAGAAACCAGGAGGCAGGAAGGAGACUAAUGUGUGUAACCGUGCGCUGCUCCUGCUCAGAAGAUCGGACAGAAGAACCGGGCUGAAAGGUGGGACUGAAGAGGAGGACAGGAGGAGACGAGGACAGGAGGAGAAAGCCUCACAUCUCUUUUUAUCCUCCCCAACAGGAGGAGGAGGAGGAGGCGGUGACCGACGCCCCCCACGGGACAGGCCGACCGAGCUGCUAACAGGUGUGUCUGAGCGGGACGCGGGUUCCAGUCUGCACCGCCCGGUCCGGUCCGGUCCACCUCAACCCUCCACCGGGUCCAGACCCCUUGUUCCUCCGGGGAGAGAGACCUCAGCCUUCAUUCCGUCUCCCGGUCUGUCCGCAGAUUCCCAUUAGUGCGUUAGAGCCGAGGAGGAGGAGGAGGAGGAGGAUCUCAAACCGAACCGGAUCUUGAUGAAUGGAUGAAGGUUCGGACUCGUGUUGGUUUGUCAGAUCCUUCGAGGGUUAGAGACAGUUUGAGUUCCGGAUCCGACACGAAGCGGAGCUGCUGCGGUUCAUCAUGACGACGAGAGGAGGCAGCGGAGCGGGGGACCUGGUGUCCUCCUGCACCUCCUGCACCUCCUGCACCUCCUGCACCUCCUCCAGCCUCCAGCAGCAGAGCGGCGACCCCGCUCCUCCGGGGCCCGAGGCGGCCGGAGGGGUGGAGAUGUUCGGGGAGUUCCAGGACUGGUGCUCGCGGACCUACGGGGACUCCGGGAAGACCAAGACCGUGACCCGGCGCAAGUACCACAAGAUCCUGCAGACGCUCCUCCUGCAGGAGGAGGAGCAGCGGCCCGGCCUGCUCCUGCAGGAGAAGAGCAGCAGCCACAUCAACGCCAAGUUCAAGUUCUGGGUCAAGUCCAAAGGGUUCCAGGUCCGAACCGAGGACCGGACUGAGGCCCGGAGCCCAGCGGGCAGACCCGUGCUGUACGUGCCCGUCAAGUGUGUGGACAGCGUCUCCGGGCCGGACUCGUCCCUCAAGCGCGUGGCGGUGGUGGAGGACUUCUUCUCCAUCAUCUUCUCCAUGCACGUGGAGAUCAGCAGCGAUCCGGCCAAAGCUCCCAAACACGCCGGCCAGAAGAAAACCUACAAAGCUAUUGCAGAGACGUACGCCUUCCUGCCCAGAGAGGCGGUGACCCACUUCCUGAUGAGCUGUGGCGAGUGUCAGAAGAGGAUGCACAUCAGCUCCACAGGACCAGACUUCAGAGAGAACGACAGGCCGAGCUCUCUGGUGUCGGAGGUGAUCGACUACAACAUGCCUCUCACCACCACCUACAUGAAGCAGAUGAAGCUUCAGUACAUGAGCAACAAGGAUGACAGUUCGCUGAGCAGCGAGGAGGAGAUGAGCGAGCCCACGUGGCUAACAGCUGAUCUGGGAGCAGCGUCGGACCUGAGCCCGCCGAGCCGAGCAGAGAGGAUGCGCCUCAGCCCGCAGAACGUUCACAUGAAGGAGGACGAGGACGAUUCCUCGUCAGAGAGCGGCAGCGGCCCCCCCGCCCUGACCCCGCCCUCCUCUGCCCUGUCAGAGGGCGCCAUCAUCAGGGAAGCCAAGAUACUCAAUGGCGGCGGGGGGGCGGCUCCUCUGGACUUCAGCACGCCGUCCUCCUCGUCCUCGUCCUCCGAGGACCAGCAGCCCAUCAACCUGAGUGAGCUGCCCCCCCCGCGCCUGGCCACCUCCCACCUGCCCCUCACCGUGUCGGCGGCGGCAGCGGCCCUGCUGGGGGCCCUGCACCCCAACGCCCCCGAGGAGCUGCGCAGGAAGUUCCCUCUGGCCGCCAAACCCCCCCCGGCUACACACCCGGCCCUGCCGCUGCCGCACACUCCUCACACACACAACACACACUCUCAGGCCCACGCACACACCGCCGAGCUGCGACUGGACCGAGACAGCAGAGACUACGGAGGAAAGUCUCCUCAGUACAGUUCAGGCGGCAGCUACGACAGCGUGAAGACGGACCUGAGCGCCGAGGACUUGACCACGGGACGUCCCGGCAGCCAGGCCCCCCCCGACGAGGACGACGACGACCACGACGACCACGACGACAACGACAAGAUGAACGACACAGAGGGCGUCGACCCCGAGAGGCUGAAGGCCUUUAACAUGUUUGUGCGUCUGUUUGUGGACGAGAACCUGGAUCGGAUGGUUCCCAUCUCCAAACAGCCCAAGGAGAAGAUCCAGGCCAUCAUCGAGUCCUGCAGCCGACAGUUCCCCGAGUUCCAGGAACGAGCUCGCAAGCGCAUCCGCACCUACCUCAAGUCCUGCCGACGCAUGAAGAAGAACGGCAUGGAGACCCGGCCCACUCCUCCUCACCUCACCUCAGCCAUGGCCGAGAACAUCCUGGCGUCCGCCUGCGAGAACGAGUCACGCAACGCUGCCAAGAGGAUGCGUCUGGAAGCCUAUCACGAUGAGCAGAUCUCUCCGGAGAAGCCGUCCAGCGGCGCUCUGAGGGAGCCGGCGUCCCUCGCUCACUUCUCACUGGCCGCCGCCGCCUUCUCCUCGCAGGCCGGCUCCGCCUUCUCCUCGCAGGCCGCCUCCUCCUUCUCCUCGCAAGCCGCCGCCUCCGCCUUCUCCUCGCAGGACGCUCAGCUCUACAUCAACGGAGCCGGCUUGAGUUACGGUUAUCGUGGAUUCCCGGGCCUGGGCUCUGCUCAGGGCAACGGCCCCACAGACCUCAGCAUGAAGUCCCUCUCCUCCGCCAACAUCACUAACUCCGCCUCCUCCGCCGCCGCCAGCAGCCUGGCUGGACGAGGCAGCGGGGGUGCUGGAGGGGGCGGGGCCUCAACCCAGCUCAGCCAACCGGAGAUCACAGCCGUGCGUCAGCUGAUCGCCGGCUACCGGGAGUCGGCCGCCUUCCUGCUGCGUUCAGCCGAUGAGCUGGAGAACCUCAUCCUGCAGCAGAACUGAUUCAUGGGAAGCCCAGACACACACACACACACACACACACACACACACACAGACACACACACACACACACACACACCGACACACACACACACACACACUUUAUCCUGCUCUCCUCUUUGAAGCCGAACACAAGACUUGAUGGUGUUUCUGCUCCUCCCUCCUGAAAUCGUUUUCUCCUCAUUUGCCUUUUC